AUGCACGUUGCCGAGUCGCAGAGAGCAUUCCUGGAUAUCGUCCAAGAGGCACUUGCCCGAUAUGAUACACAGCUAAGGGAUAUUAACCAAAAAAUUUGGUCCAACCCGGAACUUGCAUAUGAGGAAUACAAAGCCCAUGAUAACAUUUGUGCACUCUUUGAAAGCCUUCAAUCGAGUGGAUAUGAGGUCAGCCGAAAGGUAUAUGAUGUUGAAACUGCUCUCGAAGUCAAGUACACCUUUGGAAAGGGAGGACGAACAGUCGCCUUUAACGCCGAAUAUGAUGCCCUGCCAGGAAUUGGCCAUGCCUGCGGCCACAAUUUAAUCGCGACGAGCUCUAUCGCCGCAUUUAUCGCCACUUGCGAGUCAAUGAAAGCUCAGGCUCAGUAUCUCUCUCUGCCAGGAUUUACUGUUCGGUUACUAGGCACCCCGGCAGAGGAAUCCGGCGGCGGCAAAGUGAAGCUGAUCGACGGCGGAGCCUACAAAGAUGUAGAUGCCUGCCUUAUGGUUCACCCCGUACCAAUGGCCCCUGGGAAUCCAGCUCUUUGCGGUAUGGCGACUGUUGUAGAGGGUGGUUUCCUUGCCAAUGAUAAAGUCCAAGUGACUUUUACCGGCAAGCCUGCUCAUGCUGCUGCCGCCCCCUGGGAAGGCAUCAAUGCCCUUGAUGCAGUGGUCUCGGCAUAUGUCAGCAUUUCGAUGCUCCGACAGCAGAUCUUACCAACUCAGAAAAUUCACGGAGUCAUCGUGGAAGGGGGUACCCGCCCUAACAUCAUUCCUAUGUCUGCCACAGUGGAUUAUUAUAUCAGAUCUCCUACCAAAAAGACAUUGAAGCCAUUGACUGAGAAGGUCAUCAAGUGCUUCGAGGCUGCUGCACUCGCUACAGGCUGUAAAGUCUCAUUUGAAUGGGGACCAUCAUAUGACGACAUGAAGAGCAAUAUGCCAAUUUGUGAAAGUUAUGUCUCGGCAAUGAGGGCAAUGGGACACCACACACUACUCGAUAACUCACAACAAAAGGGCGCACUUGCAGGUGCAUCCACUGAUAUGGGAAAUGUAUCUUAUGUCGUACCUGGAUUCCAUGGUAUCUUCUGCAUCCCAGUUGAUGGAGUCAACCACACACCACAGUUUACCAAAGGAGCUGGAUCAUCCGAGGCAUACGAAAGGGCUAUUGCGUGUGCUGCUGGUAUGGCUGUAGUGGCUUGUCAGAUCUUAGUUGAUGAUGAGUUUGCCGAGUCGGUCAAGAAUGACUUUGAGCGAGAAUGA